CGCCGGCCCCGCCCCACGCGGGUAAAACGCCCGCGCGGGCGGGACCCGCUGCUGCCGCCGCCCGGAGCCGCCGCUCUCCACCUGGUCCGCACCCCAGCCCCACCCUCUGGUGCCUCCUCUCCCCCAGCAAUGGCUGAUGAGCUCAGCGACCUGCUGCAGGAGUUCGACCAGGUGAUGGAGGACUUGGAGAGAGGCCCUGCCUGCCAGUACCAGCAGCACCUGGAGGAGCUGAAGAGGAGAGCAGGACCCAGCGUGUAUGACAGUGGCAUCGAGGAGCUGGAGAGUAUCAGCACGUCCCCAGGAAGCAGCCUCAACUGCAGUGAGGAGGACCUCAACACCCCCACCGUUUACCCCCCCAAAGCAAAGCUUGGGGACACGCAGGAGCUGGAGGAGUUCAUUGCAGACCUGGACAAAGCACUGGAGGAGAUGUGAGAUGUGGUUCUGGCAGCCAGUGUGGAGAGCAGGACCCGCAGCAGAUGCCUCCCUGAUGCACCUUCUGCUUCCACACCUGGUGAGGGCACCAGGCUCUGCCUCACCAGGGGGGCUAGCGGCAACUGAUGGGUCGGGGAGGGGGGGGGGUUGUUUCUAUGUCACUGCUGAAGCCAGAGGAGAAACCCUGGGUGAUUUUAGGGAAGCUCUGCUUGCAGCACAUCCCUGAGAGCUCAGUGUCCCCUCUGGGGUCAGGAAAGCUUGUUCCCAUGCUUGGCUUUGCAGGGGUAGCCCCAAAUAAGGCCCCUGCCUGCCCCCCCCCCAGUGCCUCUGCCCUGGCUGCUGCUGCUUGUAAAUACUGUAAAAAGGCUGUUUUGUGCUGUACAGACAGGAUGUAUUUUUAUUAACAGGAUUUGAAAUCUC